GCAAUCAUGAUCAUCAUGCAAUAUAUAUAAUCAUAACUGUUCUUGAUUCUGAAUGCAUCAAUACUGAAUCACAUUUGAUGCAGUUAGUGUUGAUGCAGUUAGUGUUGGUACAGUUAAUGUCCAUGAAAAUUCCUGUCGUAUUUCUUGCUAUAAUUUGGAUAAGUCUAUCAAUUACCGGCCUUUCUCACCCUCUAGAUCCUCUAACCCCUACUGAGAUCGAAAAAAUUAGGCUCCUCGUUCAAAAGUCUCGCGUUGGUGCCCUUUCGAAUUUAACCUUUCAUUUUGUUGACAUUGAAGAGCCGAAGAAAAAUGAUGUCCUCCAGUGGCUAUCUUUGCACAAAAACGGAUCUUUUCCUCACCGUCGAGCUAAAGUUGUAAUCCGCGUUAAGCAUAAUACACACGAGCUUGUUGUAGACUUUGCAACUGGUUUGAUCGUCUCUAGUAAAGUUUAUAAAGGCCAUGGUUACCCUCCUUUCACAUUUAUCGAGUUUUUUCAGGCCAGCAGGCUCCCUGAGAAGCAUCCCGAGUUUCAAAACUCGAUUUCUAAAAGGGGUUUAAGCUUAUCAGAAGUCACUUGCUUACCAUUAACAACAGGUUGGUUCGGAGAAGUUGUAACCCAAAGAGUUGUUAGAGUUACGUGCUUCUAUCGUGGAGGUACGACUAACAUUUGGGCAAGGCCUAUUGAGGGCAUAACUCUACUAAUCGAUGUAGAGUUGAUGGAAGUUAUCAAAUAUGUGGACAGGUUAAAAGCUCCAAUUCCUAAAGCUGAAGGAACUGAUUUCCAAAGCCAGAGGCCUAGUCCUGUCCUCUGUAAUGGAACAAACUCUCGGAUAGCCAUCGAAGGACAUGAAGUUCGAUGGGCUAAUUGGGUUUUUCACGUGGCAUUCAAUGCUCGAGCAGGACUAAUUAUAUCAACAGCUUCUAUAUUUGAUGAGACAAAACACAAGUUUCGACGCGUGCUAUACAGAGGGCAUGUAUCAGAGACAUUUGUUCCAUAUAUGGAUCCUACUCCAGAAUGGUACUACCGGACUUUCCUGGAUGUUGGAGAAUUUGGUUUUGGCCGGUCCGCCAAUACCCUAGUUCCCCUUAUCGACUGUCCAGGCAGCUCAGUGUACAUGAAUGGAUACAUGGCUGGAGGGGACGGGUAUGCACAGGAAGUCCCGAAUGCCAUUUGCAUUUUCGAGCGAUAUUCUGGGAAUGUUGCUUGGAGACAUACGGAACUUGGUGUACCUGGAAAAGUGAUAACCAGUGGAGAGGCCGAAACUAAUUUGGUCGUAAGAAUGGUGGCAACUGUUGGAAAUUAUGAUUAUAUACUUGAUUGGGAGUUUAAGCAAAGUGGCUCCAUUAAAGUUGGGGUAAGUCUAACCGGCGUGCUAGAGAUGAAGGCAACGGAGUACACGAGUACUAAUCAAAUAUACGAGGAUACUUAUGGAACCUUGGUAGCGGAUAACACAAUUGCAGGCAACCAUGAUCAUUUUCUUACUUACUACCUCGACCUUGAUAUCGAUGGUAUUGAUAACUCAUUCGUCAAAUCUAAAUUGAAAACUGUUAGGCCAAUGCCCACUGGCAUUUCAUCAAGGAAGAGUUACUGGAAAGUUAUUCAAGAAAUCGUUAAAACAGAAGCUGAUGCUAGGACUCGACUAGGUUUGGAUCCAGUCGAGUUCUUGAUAGUUAAUCCUAAUAAGAAAACAAAGCUCGGAAAUCACGUGGGUUACAGACUGAUCACUGGACGACCAGCUGAAUCCCUGCUCUUAGACGAUGACUACCCACAAAUACGUGCAUCUUAUACAAGGUAUCAGGUGUGCAUGACCUGCUAUAACAAGAAAGAGAGGUGGGCUGGAGGUUUUUACGCCGAUAGG